AUGGUAGUCAAGAAGUUGACCAUCCGUAACAACACGGACACCCCGAUCAACCUGAAGCGCCUUGAGCGCUUCCGGGCCCCGGGGCAAAGCAUUGGAACCGAUCACAUCACCUCGCUGGCGAGAAACUUCACUCGGGUCCUGACCAACCAGACUCGCAGCGAGGCCCCAAUCGCAACCCUCAGCCAGGCUGACAAGCCCUUCGAUGAGCAGGCGGAGCUGGACAUCCACAUUGAGGCUUUCACCACCAAAGAAACGGACCUGGACUUCUUCAAAGAGUCCGAAAAGGAGCGCCUGCGCCUGGUGUUUGGAGCGGAGGGUGAAGAACACACUAUCCAGGUGCCUAUUCCCACCAGCGAGACAGCAACCAUGAAGACUGUCGACAACCCCAAGCACCGCUUCACCGGCGUGUGGGUGAAGCCUGAGUCCUUCCUGGCGAUAUACUCGUCAGCCAAUCUGCACGCCUGGAUGCGUGAGCUGCGUGACGACACUCUCCUGUCUUCGCUCUCCAUCCCCGGUACUCACAACUCGCCAACCUGUCACGUCGCCCCGCCUUCGGUGCGCUGCCAGGCCGUCAGCCCGCGGGAACAGCUACGGAACGGCGUGCGCUUCUUCGACAUCCGUGUCCAGCCACAGUACCCGCAGGAGUUGAAGGAGGACCUGAUUCUCGUCCACAGCGUAUUCCCUGUUUCGCUGACCGGGACCAAAUACUUCCGCGACCUGAUGAAUGAGGUCAACGAUUUCCUGGACAAGAACCCGUCCGAGACGCUGAUCAUCUCUCUGAAGCGCGAGGGUCCCGGCGACGCAAAGGAUGAGCAGCUCGCCCAAAUCCUGCACAAUCACUACGCCAAGGACGAUAACCAGCGCUGGUGGACUCGUCCCAAGAUCCCCACUCUGGGCGAGGCCCGCGGUAAGGUGAUCCUGCUCCGUCGCUUCAACCUAUCCGAGGACCUGAAGACGAAGCAUGACGGUCAUGGUUGGGGUCUCGAUGGUUCCGCCUGGGCCGACAACACGGCCAAUGCCAAUUGCCCCAGCGGCCAGCUGUGCAUCCAGGACUUCUACGAGGUGCAGGAGCCGACCAACAUCGAGCAGAAGAUCCAAUACGUCAAGGACCACAUCGACCGCGCCAGCAAGUCUCGCUAUCCGUUCGGUGAUCACCCGGGCCCGCACCCCUUUUUCAUUAACUUCCUGAGUGCGAGCAACUUCUGGAAGACUAAUACCUGGCCCGAGAAGAUUGCGGCUAAGGUUAACCCUGCUGUUGUAAACUACAUCUGUCGCCGUCAUGAGAAUGAUGAUGGUGAUUCUUCCACUGGUAUCUUGGUCACUGACUGGGUUGGUCUGGACGGUGACUGGGAUCUUGUGCGUUGCAUUGUCGGUAUGAAUGCUAAGCUGCGAUUGCGACAAAACUAG